AUGCUGCUCCCUCUGUGGCCGGAGCACCUGGUGCACCAAUCAGCGUCAAGGCGUUUGACAUCAACUCGGACUACGUCCUGGUUGCCUGGAAACCCCCCAACACCACCAACGAGGCUGCCAUCACCGGAUACUUUGUGGACAAACGUGAGUCUGGUAGUGCUACCUGGUCCCAGUGUAACGACGCCUCAGUGCGGAUCUGUAAGUACCCCGUGCACGGCCUGAGCGUGGGUCACGCCUACCACUUCCGGGUCAGGGCUGUCAACAGUGCCGGGAUCAGCAGACCGUCCCGGGAGUCUGACAAGGUGACUGCCCUGGACCCAGCUGAGCGAGAGAGACUGCAAGUGAUUAAACUGGAAUCGAAACAUGAAGUAGUGAUUAAAGAGGAUGACCUGGAAGGUGUUCCCUCCGCUCCUGGUCAGGUGGUUGCCACCAGGAACACCAAGUCCUCUGUGUUUGUGCAGUGGAACCCUCCCAAACACCCCAACCAUCUCAUUGGGUACUACAUAGAUGCCUCUUUGGUGGGAUCCAAGGCCUGGGCCCCAUGCAACCACAAGCCCUACAAGCACACCAGGUUUGUGGUCCAUGGACUGACCCCGGGGGAGACCUAUGUGUUCCGUGUCCAGGCUGUCAACAUCUAUGGCCUCAGUGAUGAGUCCCAGGAGUCUACUCCUAUUGCUGUGGAGUCCGCCCUCACGACUCCCAGUGCACCUCAUGGCAUCACCAUGCUGAGCUGUGACGGAGCCUCCAUGAUCAUUGCCUGGAAGAGCCCCAAGCACUGCGGUGGCUCUAAGAUCAACGCCUACUAUGUCGACAAGCGUGAUGCAGACACCCUGGCAUGGAAGGAGGUCAACUCUGCCCCUACCAAGACCAAGACUUACACGGUCGACGGUCUAACAGAGGGAACCUUCUACGAGUUUAAGGUCCAGGCUGGGAACCUGGCAGGUGUGGGCGUGCCCUCUGCUCCCAGCACACCUCUGAAGUGUGAGGCCUGGACUUCUGCAGUACCUGGUCCAGCCUAUGACUUGGCCCUCAGAGAGGUCAGAGGUGACUCCCUGGUCAUCCUGUGGAAGGCCCCUGUCUACACCGGCGCCAGUGCCAUCACUGGAUACAUCGUGGAGAUGGCCAAGAAGGGCCAUCACUACCACCCCCUGAAUGAAGAGGCUAUUGGCCACUGUUACCUGCAGGUGACUGGUCUGGAGGCAGGAGCAGAGUAUACGUUCAAAGUGAAGGCUGUCAACGCUGAGGGAGUAGGAAAGGCCUCCCAGGCAUCUGAGCCAGUGGUGGCCAAGGCUCUGCCAGGCACCCAGGAGAUCCAGUGUGGAGUGGAUGAGGACACUGGUGAUAUUUUCCUGUCAUUCGAGGCCUGUGAGAUUUCUGAGACCUCCAACUUUGCUUGGUCUAAGAACUACAAAGAAAUCAGUGACUGUCCAAGAGUCGCCAUAGAAACUAAGGGCAAACACUCUAAGCUGACUUUCGUCAACCCAGACGUGAGUGAUUUGGGUGCCUUCUCUGUGGUUGUGACUGACACUGAUGGAGUUUCUGCCAGCCACACCGUGACAGAGGAUGCCCUGAACACCAUGCUGGAACUCAGCUACAACAUCAGACAUCCAAUUGUCCCACUGAAACACCAACUGAACUAUGAGGUUCUAGAGAAGGGCCACGUGCGUUUCUGGCUGCAGUGCCUCAAGAUGUCACCCGCCGUCACCUAUAGGUUCAUUGUCAACGACAAGGAGGUCACCAGCAGUGAUAGCCACAAGAUCAGCCAUGAUGUGAACACCAGGGUGAUCCAGAUGACUGUGGAUCACUUCUCCAAGGCCAGCGAGGCCACCUACACCGUCCAGAUCCACGACGGCAGAGCCAAGAACCAGAGCUCUCUGGUCCUGUUGAGAGAUGUGUUCAAGGCUGUCUUGAAGGAGGCUGAGUUCCAGAGGUCAGAGCACAUCCGGAAACAAGGUCCCCACUUUGCUGAGUACCUUUCCUACCAUGUGGAUGACGACUGUACUGUUCUGCUCGUCUGCAAGGUUGCCAAUGUGAAGAAAGAGACUGUGUUCCACUGGUUCAAGGAUGAGGAGGAGAUUGUUCUGGCGACCCCUCCUAACGUGAUGUCUGGAUCUGUUGCUCUCCCCAUCUCCUUGUUCUCCAGAAAAGACCAGGGCCAUUACAAAGCUAAACUCAGUGAUGACAGAGGGAAAGACACUUCUGUCUUUGACAUUUCUGGCCAAGUAUUUGAUGAUAUUAUCAACGCCAUUGCCCACAUUGCUGGGUCUUCUGCCUCUGAGCUGGUGCUUCAGUGUACCCCAGAAGGCAUCAGGCUCCAGUGCUACAUGAAGUACUACACAGAGGAGAUCAGGACUGCCUGGUUGCACAAGGAUAGCAAGAUCUCGUCGUCUGAGAAGAUGAGGAUCGCCGGCACAGCUGAGAUGGCCUGGAUGCAGAUCAGGGAGCCAUCAGAGAAGGAGAAGGGACACUACUCCAUCCAGAUUAUGGAUGCCACCAAGUCCCACACUCGCACAUUCGACCUCUCCGGACAAGCAUAUACCGAUGCCUAUGAGGAGUACCUGAGACUCAAGGCUGCAGCCUUCGCUGAGAAGAACCGUGGUAGAGUGGUUGGUGGUCUGCCGGAUGUGGUCACCAUUAUGGAGCAGAAGACCCUGAGCCUGACCUGCACAGUCUGGGGUGACCCCAGUCCAGAGGUCACCUGGUUCAAGAAUGAAAAUGAGGUAGUCUCCACUGAGCACGCCAAGAUAACGCUUGAGGCCAAUAAGUUCGCCAGCCUCACCAUCACCGCCGUCACGCCGGAGGACUCCGGCAAGUACAGCAUCAACGUACGGAACAAAUAUGGCGGGGAGUUCGUGGAGAUCACCGUGAGCGUCUACAAGCACGGCGAGAGCCCCCCCGAGCCCAAAAUGGGAGGGAGAGGAGCAACACCUGCACCCCUGGCCUCCAAGACCCCUGCCCAAACCCCUACCCCUGCCCAAACCCCCAUCCCCCAGACCCCCACCCCAUCCCUUAAGUCCCCCACCCCUUCCCUAAGGUCCCCCACCCCAACCGCCAAAUCCCCAACCCCCUAGGCAUGUUAAGUCGCCCAGCCCUGCCAGAUCUCUCAAGUCACCAACCCCCCCUAGAAAGUAACCAGGGAUAUUGAUGCCUGAGAAGGCUUGAAGCAUUUUCUGCUACUGAUUUAUAGCAUGAAUUGAGUGAAACCCAAAGCUGUUACAUGAAGGUGUCCAUUUUAGGUGUCAUAUGUCAUAUAGCUUGGUCACUGAGCUUUAACAUGCAAGAAAUGUUUGAAAAAAGAAAUGAACAGAGUAGAUGUUAAUCAUAAGUGUUAAUCAUUUUAAAAAAGCUGCACCUUCCACUAUACUGUACUAUAUAAUGGAAUGUCUGAAGACCUGGGAUCAGCCUGCCUAAAGUGCCUGGUGGGCAGGGUUUGUGCCAGGAGGUGCCAAGGGGGCGGAAUUUUCCAUUGCAACAGGCAAGCUCAAUCAAGCACAGCUAAAGUAUUUGAAGUGAAUUCAAAUGGUGUUUGAGCCCAGGUCUGAAUGUCUGUGUCCAUUUCUCUGUGGAUGGUGAAUAGAUGUCAGAGAGUGCAGACGGAAAGACACACAGCCAGUGCCGUCCGCACUGCAGUCGCUAUGCCAGAGAAGUUACGUUUGUCUGCACCAUGUUGUGUUUCCCCCUUUGCUUUGUGUUAGAAAUAAACCUCAUUUAUCACCUC